AUGGAUACAGACAAGAAAGAGGAUUCAACAGAACAGGAAAAUUCUUCAAAAAGAAUAUAUAAGUCAGCGAUAAGUGGAAUCUUGUCAAAUAAAUCAAAAUACGGUAGUUGGAUGAUCGAUUCAUGUAUUUAUAGAAUCCAAAAACCAUACGUCUGUGAAUUUAAACAGGGUAGGAAAUUGGGUCUAAUAUCGAGAGUAAUCGGUAAAUCUAACGAACCGCUAGUGAAGAGAGAAAGGGACACAAUAUACUCACGAUGGAAACAUGAUAAGUAUGACUCACUCUUAUCACAUAAACCUGGUUCGAUGAUUUUCGUCAGAAACUUGCCAAAUGAUGUCACUCCUGAGUACCUAAAGCUGUACUUUAACUCUUCAGGAACAGUAUGUUCAAUCAAGAUAAAUAAAGGAGCACUCACAAGUGCUACAGUUGGAUUUGUUGAGGAAGAAUCCGCUCAAAAGGCGGUCGACAGCUUUCACAAACAGGAGUUGAAUGGAAGGACUAUCAAGGUUUCAAUUUCAAAUACUGGUAAAUAUAAAUCGAAUAAGUCAACAUCGGCGACUGGACGAGUAUCAAUAUUUGAUAGAAUGGGAUGA